GGGAACGUGGUGCACCUGCACGAGCGGGAUUGCUCCAUCCAGCGGCGGCACCAGAAGGUUGUGGAGAUCGCCCCGGCUGCCCGGCUGCCCCCCGAGCUCCGCGCCCGCCUGGCCCAGGACGCCGUGCGCCUGGCACAGCAGGUGGGCUACGAGAACGCGGGCACCGUGGAGUUCCUGGUGGACCAGAACGGGGACUAUUAUUUCAUCGAGGUCAACUCGAGGCUGCAGGUGGAGCACACGGUCACCGAGGAGAUCACCGAUGUGGACCUGGUCCAUGCCCAGCUGCAGGUGGCCGCGGGCCGGUCUCUGCCCGAGCUGGGGCUGGUGCAGGAGAACAUCCGGGUCAAUGGUUGUGCCAUCCAGUGCCGCGUCACCACCGAGGACCCCGCGCGCGGCUUCCAGCCCGACACCGGACGCAUCGAGGUGUUCCGCUCCGGGGAGGGGAUGGGGAUCCGCCUGGACGGGGCCUCAGCGUUCCAGGGGGCCCUGAUCUCGCCCCACUACGACUCCCUGCUGGUGAAGGUGGUGGCCCACGGGCCCGACCAGCCCUCGGCCGCCGCCAAGAUGAGCCGGGCCCUGGCCGAGUUCAGGAUCAGGGGGGUCAAGACGAACAUCCCGUUCCUGCAGAACGUCCUGGCCCACCCCCAGUUUUUGAAGGGCUCCACAGACACCCAGUUCAUCGAUGAGAACCCCGAACUGUUCCACCUGCGCCCGGGGCAGAACCGAGCCCAGAAACUGCUGCACUACCUGGGUCAGGGGCUGGGGAGUCCUGGG